AUGAGCACCAUGGAUCCACAAGCGCGAUGGACAUAUCUCUACAAGGCCCUGAGCAAGAACGGGCCACUCACCGAUGAGGAUUGGGAGUUUGGCCCUGAAACGAUCGCUACCCUGGAGAGCUCCAAAAUCCUCGGAGCGGGCGGAUUGGGAUGUGAAAUUCUGAAGAACCUCGCACUGUCGGGUUUCAAAGACAUUCAUGUCAUCGACAUGGACACCAUCGACAUCUCAAACUUGAAUCGACAGUUUCUCUUCCGGCAGGCUGAUAUCGGCAAGCCUAAAGCCGAGGUGGCGGCAGCUUUCGUAGAGAAGCGGGUGAAGGGAGUCAAGAUCACUCCAUACGUCGGCAAGAUUCAAGACAAGGACGAGGAUUACUACAUGCAGUUCAAGAUUAUCAUCUGCGGUCUGGACAGCAUUGAAGCUCGGCGCUGGAUUAACUCCACCCUCAUCGCAAUGGUGGACUUGGAGAACCCAGAGAGCCUGAAGCCACUGGUAGAUGGAGGAACCGAAGGCUUCAAGGGCCAAUCCCGGGUGAUUCUACCUACUCUCUCGUCAUGCAUCGAGUGUCAACUCGAUAUGCAUGCCCCUCGCCCGGCGGUGCCACUAUGUACCAUUGCCACUAUUCCGCGUCAGCCGCAGCACUGCAUCGAAUGGGCUUACCAGAUUGCAUGGCAGGAGAAGCGUAAAGAUGAACCUUUCGACAGCGACGACAUGGAACACAUUUCAUGGGUGUACAAUGCUGCCCUGAAACGUGGAGAGCAAUUCCAUAUCCACGGAGUGACUUUCCAGAUGACGCAAGGCGUAGUGAAGAACAUCAUCCCAGCCAUUGCAUCGACCAACGCUGUCAUUGCGGCGUCUACGACAUCAGAGGUGCUCAAAAUCGCAGCCUCGUGCAAUCCGUACCUGGACAACUACAUGAUGUACGCUGGCGAAGAAGGGGUUUACACCUACACCUUCCAGGCGGAAAAGAAGCCUGAUUGCCCCGUGUGCGGCAACCUUGCUCGCAAGAUGGAGGUGGACCCGAAUGUGACUCUGGGAGACUUCAUUGAGAGCCUCGGAGAGAGGGCGGAGGCACAGCUUAAGAAACCGAGCAUGCGGACAGAGGAGAAGACAUUGUACCAGCGCUUCCCGCCUCAGCUGGAGGAGCAGACCCGCCCGAAUCUGCAACUCAAGCUGCGUGAUUUGAUUGCCGAUGGACAGGAGAUCGCGGUCAGCGACCCGGCCUACACCAUUGACUUCCGCUACCGGUUGAACUUCAAAUAG